AUGUAUGGUGUGUGUGCAUUGCCCGCUAAUGGGGCUCACGUGGCGCUGUAUUUAAGCGAGCUUAUGAGUCAGGGCAGUUCUCCAGCACCAGUCCUAUCUGCUACUUAUGGUAUAUCAUGGGCCCACCGGAAGGCAUUGGAACCUGACCCUUGUCAACACCCAUGGGUCCCUCAGGUGUGUGAGGCAGCUAAAAGGCUGUUGGGGCGUCCACCAGUCAAGAAGGAGAAUCUCAAGGUGGGCCAUGUUCAGGCUAUUGUGGAUCAGUUCGGGUAUUUUGGAACCAGCUUGGCAGAUCUGCAGACUGUCGUCAUCAUCUUAGUUGGUUUUGCAGGUUUUCUCCGUUGGAGCGAUCUGUCUGGUAUUCAGGUGGAGGGUAUGCAAUUCCACGACACCCACAUGGACAUCAUGCUAGGAAAGCGAAAGAAUGACCAAUACAGAAAGGGUAGUAUGAUUCCUAUAGCCCGUACUGGAUCUGUUUAUUGUCCUGUCUCAAUGAUGGAAAGGUUCAUUGCAAGGACCAAUACUUCAACAGGGCCCCUCUUUCAAGAAAUUAAGAUACAGGUAGGUAAUCAGAAGCUAUCUCACAACAAGCUUCGUUACUCCUCAGCAAGGUCCCAAGUCCUUCGCAUGUUCAAAGCUAUCGGAUUAGAGGAGAAGAAAUUUGGCCUACAUAGUUUGAGAGCUGGAGGAGCAUCAGCUGCGUCGGAGGCAGGAAUACCUGAGAGGCUAAUUUCAGCUCAUGGAGGAUGGAAAUCUGAGUCGUCUCGCAACGGUUAUAUCAGGGACAACAAGCAAACCCGUGUAUCUGUUUCUAAGGCACUGGGACUGUAG